AUGGCUGAAGACGAUGCCAAGACAGCUUCAGUGACACUCAAGGUGGAAAUGAAUGACGAUUCGAUGAAAGUUCUAGAAGGAGUGAAAUCGCUGAACAGGAAGGAACGAGAUUUGCUGGAAACGAUGGCAACAGAAGACGAAGCGAGAGAUGUGGAGCCCCUGCGACUCAAACGUGAAGCUCCAGCCAAUCCUCUUCUUGCCUUAUUCCAGCCAAAAACUACACAAAAUAAGAAGGAAAAGAAGGUAUUCUUACCUAGAGUCGCAUUAGUUUCCUUACUAGCAUAGUG